GCCUGCUGUAGCAAGGAGGGUGAAUCUUGUAUGCCUCUAAAUGACCUUGGUCAUUUAUAUUUAUAUUACACUCCCUUGAUGUUUUACAGGAUGUCUCUAUGGAUACAGGAAUAAACAGAAGAUAAUAGUCCUACAGUCUUUAAAGCAGCAUUUCAUUCUACAGCCCAGGAGGGAAGAGGAGGUAUCUACAGAAGAGCACAGGCAAGCAGGAGAGAAAGGCCAUGGCUGAAAAUUCAGAUAUCGCCUCCCUUGAAGAUAGUUUUCACAAGUUUGCCAUCUAUGGUGAUACCAAGGCAACGGGCCAAGAAAUGACUGGAAAAAAUUGGGCAAAAUUAUGCAAAAAUUGCAAAGUCACUGAUGGGAAAUCUGUUACCAGCACUGAUGUGGACAUUGUAUUCUCCAAAGUAAAAGCAAAAUCAGCCAGAGUGAUCACCUUUGAAGAGUUUAGGAAGGCACUAGAGGAGUUGUCUGCAAAGAGGUUCAAAGGGAAGAGUAAGGAAGAGGCUUAUGAUGCUAUCUGCAAGCUUGUGGCUGGGAAGGAACCUGUCAGUGCUGGUAUAACGAAAACUGCAGCCCUUGGAGCAGUGGACCGCUUAACAGACACAUCGAAAUAUACUGGGUCCCACAAGGAGCGAUUCGAUGAGACUGGCAAAGGAAAAGGAAAGAGCGGGCGGGAAACGAUAGUGGAGAACACAGGAUAUGUGAGCUCCUACAAACUUGCUGGAACUUAUGAUGCCAAAGUGAAGAAAUAAAGUGCAUCAUGGGGCAUUUUCAUUUAAGUUAUUAACCUAUUCACUGCUAGAAUGGCAAAGCAAACCUUUGUGGUAGUGAUGGGGGUCAAUUUAAACAAAGCAGUCAUUCCUAGCACCCAGUUAACACAAGUGAAAAUGUGAUAAUUACUCCAGUGGUAUUAUCCCUCACCUCAUCCCUACCACAAAGUUUGAAAAUGUCAUUUGUGUAGUGAUUCUCUUAAACCCAGAGGCUGAAACCAGGAUAUUACCAUAGUAGCAUUUCCAUCACGGAGUGCAUCUUCUUUUUAGUGCUUUAGGAUCCAAUUAUUCAAUUUUUUUGUAAACAGAUAUAUAUCUAUCUAUAUAUAUAUAUA